GAGCCACAGAGAGGAGUUCGGCUGAUUAUGGAGUGCGGGGGCCCUCUGGCCAAAUCGUGUUGGUUACUGCUGCUGCUGCUGCUGCUGCUGCUGCCACCAUCUCAUAACCUCCAGGGACAGGCUCUGAGACAGACUCCCCCCACCCAGGUGCAGGAACAGCACAGGGGGAUCCAGGACCCUCCUGCUGUGCACCUCAGCAAUGGCCCGGGACAAGAGCCUGUCUCUAUCAUGAUCUUUAACCUCACCAAGAUCACAAAAACCUCCUCCUCCUUUGAGUUUCGAACCUGGGAUCCAGAGGGAGUGCUUUUUUAUGGUGAUACCAAUCCAAGGGAUGACUGGUUUGUGCUGGGACUUCGAGAUGGCAGGCCUGAGAUCCAACUGCACAAUCUCUGGGCCCAGCUUACAGUGGGCGCUGGACCCCGGCUGGAUGAUGGGAAAUGGCACCAGGUAGAAGUGAAGAUCCUUGGGGACUCAGUGCUGCUGAGGGUGGAUGAGGAAGACGUGCUGCAUCUGAGACAGGUCUCUGGGCCUCUGGUUAAAAGGCCCCAGCCCGUCAUGAGGAUCGCACUUGGGGGGCUGCUGUUCCCUGCCUCCAACCUCCGGUUGCCGCUGGUACCUGCCCUGGAUGCCUGCCUGCGCAGGGAUAACUGGCUGGACCCACAGGCCCAGAUUUCAGUGUCUGCCCCCACUAGCCUCAGAAACUGUACUAUAGAGUCCCAACCGGGGAUAUUCUUCCCUCCAGGAACUCGUGCAGAGUUCAGUCUCCAAGAUAUUCCUCAGCCUCAUGUAGAGCCCUGGGCCUUCUCUGUGGACCUGGGACUCCAGCUGGCAGCAGGCUCUGGCCACCUCCUUGCCCUGGGGACCCCAGACAACCCUUCUUGGCUCAGCCUCCAACUCCAAGAUCAAAAGGUGGUGCUGUCGUAUGGGUCGGGGCCAGGGCUGGAUCUGCCCCUGGUCUUGGGACUCCCUCUUCAGCUGAAGCUGGAUGUGUCCAAGGUGCUCUUGAGCCAGGGGCCAAAGAAGAUGAGCCUGGCUCUGCCUCCUGUGGGCCUUGACUCCCUCCUCAGCCUCUGGGCCCACCCCCAGGGGCGUCUCUUCGUGGGGACUUUGCCAGGAGAGGCCUCUUCUGCCUCCUUUUGCUUGGACGGCCUUUGGGCACAAGACCAGAGGCUAGACAUGGAUCGGGCCCUGAGCAGAAGCCAGGACAUCUGGACUCACAGCUGUCCCCAGAGCCCAGGCAAUGCCACUAACACCACCCAUUAAA